CCCACCGGGAACGAGAAUGCCACGUGUUUGUCUAGGCUUUGAUGAGCGAUUGCGAGACGUGAUGCCCUCCUCUUUGGACAAUAUUAUUACAACAACACUUGUGAGUUGUUGUGACCAAAACUUUUAGUGCUUUUUUUUUGCUAUGUUGUAGAAGUUUAUUCUGUGAAGAACAUUAUUGUUACUAGGUCGUGGAUAAUAGUUAAUGUUUGUAUAGACAACUAUUCAAUUUGGAAAAAUUCAAACUAAACAAAAAAAAAGUCGAGUUUGUUUGCUGUAUCUCCUUGCUAAAGUUUGAUUUGCUCUAUAUAGUGUGUGUACUUUUCACCUGUUAUAUUAUAUAUAUAUAUAUCCCUUACUUAUUAAUGAAGAAACAAUUUGAAAAAGAAACCUUGAAAAGGUAGAAUAUUUACAAGGAUGCCAUCCUGAGGUGGCAGUUCCACAUUCUCUCUCAGCCAACAUAUUAAACUACCCAAGGUUCACUAGAGUAUUUACAAAAAAUGCCAUUCCCAUCCAAAUAUAUCGUGGUCCUAAACUUCCCACAUUACCUUAUAAUAAAAUUUAUAACCUACGGCACUCUCUUCUCACUAAGACAUAAACAAUAGAAUUAAUAAUAUCCCCUCUUCCCACAUUACCUUAUAAAAAAAUUAUUUGACUUGAUUAUUUCAAUUCAAACCGUUAAUUUCAUGCCAACCAAGACAUUAAUACAUAUGUUCGUAGACAGAGAGUUUAUUAUAUUUCAUUUACCAAAACGUGAAUUUCAUGACAACCAAGAAAUACAUAUGUUCGUAGCCAGAGAAUUUCAUGCCAACCAAGAAUUAUUAUUAUUUCAAACUCUCCUCACAUAAGGGUCUUCGAUGACACCACUUCCAUGUGUAUAUGUGCUACUUUCAUUUACUUAACAAUUGUUUUUCAAAAUUCGAGCUUUGAACUUAAAUUAUAAUAAAAUAGACAUGAUUUCUAAGGUGGCACAAUUACUUCAUAAACAAUUCGAUGAAGAAGAGACGGUUUAGAUUGGUAGAAUUUAAAACAUAACCACUUAUUGCAAAAACUAUUCAAUUUUUUCUGGUUUUCCAAAUUUUAUUGUGCAAUGUAUCUAGCCUAAAAACUUUGCUAAGUACGUCCGUUUAAUAUGUACGAUGUGGACUUUUUUAUUUUAGGUUAGUAUCUAUAAGUAUUGCCUAAAUUAGGUAAAUAAAACCAAUUGGAAUCCCGUAGAUAUGGUAAAUUAUUAUGAUGAUUCCGCAAGUUUAUACCACAUUUAUAGAGAAUAUGUGAAUCAGUGACCUUCUAUGGUAAACAUAGAAUAUAUUAUGCUCUGAUUUCAAAGUGAUUGACAAUCUAUUUCUAUUCCAUUUAUUGCCUUAGAGUACGCAUCAAGUCACGUUAAUUCUGUGAUUUCCUCUUAUAUAACAGUAAGGAGGAUGUACGUCAUUUCUACAAUCAAAUAAACAUUUCUAUAGAGCAAAACACAAAAAAAAAUGGCUGCGAUGAACAACAUUUCUGAGUUGAAACCUUUCAAGUCAAUGUGGAAGGUUAAGGUUAAAAUCAUUCGGCUAUGGAAGCAAUAUUCAGCUGCCGGGGGCGAGACUAUUGAAAUGGUUUUCGUGGAUUCUAGAGGUGAUAAGAUUCAUGGGACCGUGAAGAAGGAUGAAGUGGGCCAGUUCGCCCAUGUGCUGCACCAGGGACAAACGAAACUCCUAAUUAAUUUUACGGUCACCCAUUCAAGUGGUUCUUAUCGGACAACCAAACAUCCAUACAAGGUGGUUUUCCUUCCUACAACCCGUGUCAGGAUAUGUGAGGCGUUGCCUUACAACAUGACUGGAUUGGAGCCGGUUAAUUACCGUGCUGUACUCAAUGGGAAGCUCGAUCCAGACUUCUUAGUUGAUGUUGUCGGCCAAGUUGUUGAAGUGUCCCACAUUGAAGUUGUGUCCGUCAAUGGUAAGGACACCCAGAAGAUCUCUGUGGAACUGCGUGAUACUGAGGAUGAACGUCUCCCCCUGGUGUUAUGGGGGAAGUUUGCAGAGGACAUCAGUGAUGCAGUUCAGUUGCGUUCUGAGAACACAGUUAUUUGUGUUCUGAGGUUUGGCAAAAUUAAAAUUUGGAAAGAUGAGCGUAGUGUCUCCAAUGCAUACAACGUCUCAGAUGUGACAGUAAACCCAGAGAACAUCGCUGAGGUCCAAGCUUUCAUACGUUUGUUACCAAAAGAUGAUUUGAAAUUGUCUAUUGUUGACUCUAAGCCGCUUGCGUUGGCGAAUGCUGUGUCUGAAAAGGAUGACUUUUUUGUGCACACACCUAGAAAGACUAUUGCUGAGGUCCUUGAAUCGAGACAGGUGGAGAAGUGUAUUGUAAUGGCCACAAUUGCGGGUAUCGACUCUGACAUGGGUUGGUACUACCUGAGUUGCAAGGUCUGUGCCAAGAAGGUAAUUACAGUGCCUAACGACAACUAUGAUGAUGGAGAUGAGCACGAUGUUCUUGCAUGCAAUUACUAUUGUCCCAAAUGCAAGACUAACAGCCCCAAACUAUUGCCAAGGUACAAGUUGCAUUUGGUUGUUCUUGACAAUACCAAGGACUGCAAGUUUCUCCUCUUUGAUAAUCUGGCACUACAACUGCUGCGCCAACCAUGUAUUGAGCUCACUGGUCCUAUUACUGAUGAGAUUCAGGAUCCUGAUGUGUUGCCUCCCAUUCUCAACGAUUUAAAGGGAAAAACUUUUCUUUUCAAGAUUCAGAUUGAAAAGGAGAAUUUUGUUUACAAGCAUGACACAUUUAAGGUCCUCAAGAUUAUCACAAAUCUUGGAAUGAUAAAUGAGUUUGAAGCGGCCCAAUCUCCUACGGGAAGUGAAAACAUGCUAUCUGGGACAUUUUCAACUCAGUCUGAUGCACCUGAGGGGUCUUUGAUGAUCCAGGGUGGUUCAUCUGGGUCAACUGAUCUGACACCAGCAAAGCGCACCAGGACACCAAUCAUCAAUUUGGAGGAGGCUUUUGAUCAGAACUCGGUUACAAAAAUGGCGUGUACCAUAAAGGUCAAGAAAGAGAAGUUCGAAAAAAGUGGCUAGAGUGAGGAUGGGGUUAUUUGUGUGCUGGAGCAGAGGCUUUUGUUUCAUUUAUUUUGAGAUUUUCGUUUUGCAUUUUCAAUUUUUGGAUUUUAGUUCGAUUUGAAGUUCUUUGAAGCUUCAUAUCAUAUGUUGUUCAAGUUUAUUCAGAAAACUAAUAUGAUGCCUCUGCUCUUUAUGAGUUUCUAUUUCUUAUGCUUAAUCAGUUUUUAAGUUGAUUUGAGUCGCUUUUAAGCUAUAUUUUACACUAUCAUUAAGAGCAAGUUUGAUUCAGACGAACUGACGAGAUUAACCUUCCUAACGUUUCAAUCUAUAAUAUACUUUUUGAACUAACCUUUGAUCACCAGUUGAGCUGAAUGGGAAAUAUCUUUCUUGCUUUCUCCAUAAUGUCAUCCAUUCUGAUCGUCUGAUUCUCCAUGACAGAGAUAUUCUGAUUCUGCGGUAACAGUACAAAACUUAUCCAUAGGUUUUAACAGUAAAAGAAUAACUCCCGGUCUGCAAGUAGCUUGAAGUUAUCUGAACAAAACAGUAGAAUGGAAAGCACUUACAUUUGUCGUUCAGAAUGGGGAGAAAAUGGUUGUAGAAACUCAGAACAUAUCUUCGUUACCCUACAAUGUUUAGUAAGAUCAGUAUUAAAGGUAUAGAGAAAACUAACACAAUAGUCAUUAAAUUAAAAGGUUGAGAUUUUAGUUUACCAAAUUCUGUCCAUGUCUGAAUUUACAAUUGAAUCACUGUAAGAUUCUCAGGUGAUGGAUCCAAGCUGCAAUUGAGGACAGAGAUAUAUUAGUGCAUAAGGAUUUAAU